UCUCGCGUUCGCUCACCUAGAAUUCUUAGUAGAGAGUCAUCCGCGUUCUUAUCACCAAACAACACGUUUCUAUUCUGCAAUGACUAACAACGCGUCUAACUCUGGAUUACCAACAGGAGUAGGGGGAAAAGACACUUCUGCCCUUAACCCUAAUGGCCCAGGCCAACAUCGGGCUGACACAGAUAGACUCGCUGACGGAGUCGUCAGGAACAGGCAUCGCGCAGUAUCUUCGACGCGCGAUGUAUUGCAACGCGAAAACGACGCGAGAUCCGAUCGAAACAGUGAUCGAGCAGAUCGUCGAGUGACGACGUCGGGCUAUGUCUCCGAUGACGAGCUGGUGUUAGAUCUUCCCGAUAGCGAAGAGCGUGCUCUACCAGAUCCUAGACCCAUUGACACGAAUAGGCCGUUGAUCAACGCUUUCAGUGUGGUCAACGCACUCACACCCCACUCACGCGAUGCCUUCAACGCGAUCAUGAUUGGUAAACAACAGGGAUCUACGGGAACUACUAUCCCGGAUCCCCCUACUACGAGCGCUAGCAGCGCGUCAUCUUCAACCCAACUCGCAUAUAUGGACGAUGAUGUGGUUAUGGUUUCGUCAAUCGACGACGUUUACGAGAUACCUCGGGUAGUGAUCAAUCUCGCGCUCGCGAGGAUGCAUGUACCUCUCACGCUUCUGACUGCGGAAGCGAUCGAAUGGAUCCACACGGACCCCUCGUCCUUCAGAAUGAAGAAAGGCAUCGUGUCAGACGACCCCAAGAAGUCCGUCAUGGACCCUUCCACUUUCCCACCGGAAACCUCCCUCUCAGCAGCUCAGUUUGGGGAGGCAUCCGAGAAUUUCAUCAACCUCCUUGCUCAUGUCGCGAGCCCUCUAAUCAUUGAACGCUUCAAGUGACACCGUCGCUUCUGCCUAGCUCGCAAGCACUUCGAAGACAACUUCGAGGCCAUUUUAGCCUUCGACAUUGAGACGAGAAGGAUCUU